AUGCAGGUUGGACGUUACAGAGGGCUCUACACGUUUGGACUGCUUAAUGGCUGCAGCGAGCGUAUCUCUGACUUUUCCAUUAAAUACGGCGAAGAAACGAUUGCUUACUUCGAUUACAAAACGAGCACACCUAACGUCACGUUACCGGACUUCGUCGGCUUUCCGCAGUUUCCAGAUGUGCCUAAAAAAGCUGAGCAGAUAGAUAACUUCUGCAAACAAGUGCUGGCAGAGCUAAAAGAGGCCUACAAAGAUCUAGCCGAACAUCUGGAACCUCCCACGACCUCCAUCUACCCCAAAAAGGAGAUCCGGCUGAAGGAGUCGAACACUCUCGUCUGCCACGUGAUGGCGUUCUUCCCUCCUCCAGUUUCAGUCUUGUGGAGCAAAAACGGCACCAACGUGACGCAUCUGGCGAUGCUCAGUCCACAUUACAGAAACCCUGACGGUACUCUGGGCUUGUUUUCCAGUCUGAGUUUCAUUCCAAAGGAAGGAGACUCAUACAGUUGUACGGUGGAGCAUCCAGCUCUGAAUAAACAAGACACCAAAACCUGGGAUGUUGAUGUGGACGUGGAUCAGCAGAGUGUGUAUCCAUCGGUGGUGUGUUAUGUGGGAUUAGUACUGGGACUGCUGGGAGUCGCCGUUGGAGUUUUCUUCAUCGUCAAAGCAAGACAGCUGAUAAACUGAACGUAUGGAUAUUUAUUUGUACUCUGUCUUGUAUAUAAUUAAGUAGUUUAUGAGCUACACCUGUGAGUAUACACUUACUGAUUGUAGUUCAUCUGUUGCUCUCUGUACCCGAUCUGUCAAUGGUGGUAUAUGGGUAACAGAUCAGCAUGCAGCAAGUGCAGCAGUGUUGUUGGGAUCUAUGAGUGUCCCUGCAGUACAGAGAAUGGCCAAUGGUCAGUGUAGGGUCCCCUUAUAUUUAUGAAUGGAGUAGUGGGGGGACAUAGUAAACAGAGCAACAGAUAAGCUACAGUCAGUAGUUGUAUACCCACAAAGUACAUCUUUAUGGUAGAGGUUGGGUUAUAAAUAUCCUGUACAUCCAUGUCUUAAGAGUUGAUUAAUAAAA